AUGAUCGGCUUGAGUCCCUCGUAUCUAGUCCUCUUCAUCUGUUGGGCCUUCGGGGUACUGCUCGAUGCAGCCAACGAUAAAGUCCGUCUCGACCCUCAAGGUCCGCUGGGGAUCACGUUGGACACUGCAACCCGCGACAAUUGGCCCCGGAUUGUGGAGGGUGCCCUGCCCACCAAAAGGAUGUUGUUCUGGAGCAGCUGGUUGAAAUUCGGCAAAACUGUCGACGAUCUCUCCGAUGGGCAGCUUUGGCAAAUUGUCCAUGAUGCGCACGCGGAAAUGAGGACCGAUGCGGCGCAAUACAAAGUUCCUGUGAGGAAUAUUCCCACGGCCAUGGUCGUGCUUGCUGUGGGCAACGAACUCAUCUUUGCGUCCUCGGCCAAGAACGCGAACAGCUUUGCUUAUAACUACGAAGAGACCAAAGUCAAGAACACCCUCCAUCUUUGCCAAAUAGCUUUCUUUGAGCAAUCCGGAGAAACUUUGGAACACAAGAAUGGUGCCAAUUGCGGCGAGGUUCUGGCAGCGCAGUUAUACUACACGAUACAUCCGGGGGAGGCCCUCUUUGGCAAAGGUGCCCGGAUUGCCGCAGUGCUCUGGAACAAAGCCGAAGGAAGGCCCAUUCAGACCGACCCCUUCUGGGGCUGCAACAAGUUUGUCGAAGUCGAAGGACUCAGACCAUUGGAUAUCGGAGACACUGCCGAGGCCUACGACUUCGAGACAAUGGGGCUGGGUAAACCAGAAAUCAACCAGAUGCAAUUAUGCGGGGCGCCCGCGAAGAAGCCCGAGUCCUCUUCCAACGCCUGA